AUGAUGCGAAGUGCCAUCCAGACCAGACUCUCCUCUGCUCUUAGAACUACCGAGGCUCGAACCGCCGUUCGACCUUUGGCUGGACCAUCGGUACCUCUCGCUCGAACUCUCGUAACUAAACCUCUUUCUACCCCUCGAUUCCGAGCAGUAGCUCUUUGUCCCAGAAGACUACCUACUCGAGGAUACGCUGCUGAAGCUGGCGGAAAAUUCAGUCGAAAGAAGCCCCAUUUCAACAUCGGUACCAUCGGACAUGUCGAUCAUGGUAAAACUACUUUGACCGCCGCUAUCACCAAAUAUCUUUCCGAACAAGGUGGUGGUAAAUUCAUGGAUUACUCUCAAAUCGAUAAAGCUCCUGAGGAAAAGGCUCGAGGUAUCACUAUCUCUACUGCUCACGUUGAAUAUGAGACUGCCAAUCGACAUUAUGCUCAUAUUGAUUGUCCCGGUCACGCCGAUUAUAUCAAAAACAUGAUUACUGGUGCUGCUCAACUUGACGGAGCCAUUAUUGUGGUUUCAGCCACCGAUGGACAAAUGCCUCAAACCAGAGAACAUUUGUUACUCGCUCGACAGGUCGGUAUCAAACGAUUAGUGGUAUUCAUCAACAAAGUAGAUCAAGUUGAUGAUCCUGAAAUGCUCGAACUCGUAGAAAUGGAAAUGAGAGAAUUACUUUCUGAAUUCGGAUUUGAGGGAGAGGAAACUCCUAUCGUCAUGGGUACAGCUUUAGCUGCUUUGGAAGGAAAAGAUCCAGAGAGAGGAGCAGAGAAGAUCAAGGAAUUGAUGGAGAAAGCAGAUGAAUGGUUGGAACUUCCUCCUCGUGAUCUCGAAAAACCUUUCUUGAUGUACGUUGAGGAUGUGUUCUCCAUCUCUGGUAGAGGUACAGUCGUUACUGGUAAAGUAGAGCGAGGUACGAUCACCAAGGGUUCAGAAGUCGAGAUCGUUGGUAUGGGACCAUCUAUCAAGACUACCCUUACUGGUAUUGAAAUGUUCCACAAGGAACUCGAGCGGGGUGAGGCUGGUGACAACAUGGGUGCGCUUUUGCGAGGUAUCAAGCGAGAGCAAGUUCGAAGAGGACAAGUGUUGGUCCAACCCGCUUCUAUCAAGAGUAUCAAGAAGUUCAAGGCUCAACUUUAUGUGCUCACCAAAGAAGAAGGUGGCCGAUACACUCCAUUCAUGGCCAACUACCGACCACAAUUGUUCAUCCGAACAACAGAUGUCACUGUCUCUCUCACUUUCCCCGAGGGUACCGAGGGUGCUCACGAGAAACUCGUUAUGCCAGGAGACAACGUAGAAAUGAUCGGUGACUUAGUACACGAUAUCGCUCUUGAACCUGGAUCUCGAUUCACCUUGCGAGAAGGUGGAAAGACAAUCGGUACAGGUAUUGUCAGUGAAAUUUACGAGUAA